AUGGCUCUCUAUUCCCUCCUCGUGCUCGCGUUAGCGGCGUCCGGGUCGGCCUGGCCCCAACUCUCCUUCGACCAGGACCUCGUCUCCCGCGACACCCACACCACCCCCGCGAGCUCCCCUACACGACGACCAGCAGCCGCCCAAUGUCAAAAGGCCAGGUCGCGGAGGGCACCCGCUACCGCUACCACGCACUCGAGACGCCAGCUCCCCGUGGAUGAGGAUCUCGGCAUGGACGCCGUGACGUUGCCCGUGGCUCGUUUUCGCAAGACGACAUCCAAGGCCCCCGCCCCCAGAGCUCUGUCUAUCCCCAUCGAAGAGGAAGACGUCGGCGACCUCGUCACCCUCCCCGUCUUCAUGGGUCCCGGGAAGAGCGGUGGCAGGGUGGCCUCGAGGCAGUUCCCCGAGGAUGACCCCGGUGCUGGUGCCGGCGUGCUCACGUUGCCCGUCAUCCACUCCACCAAACCCGGUGUUUUCAAGCGUGCGGUCGAGUUGCAGCUGGCCAACAGGUCCGAUGUGGCCUACUAUGCGCAACUCAACUUUGGCACGCCGCCCCAACCCGUUUUUGUCCAGCUCGACACCGGCUCUUUCGAACUCUGGGUGAAUCCCGACUGCACCAUCCUAUCCGAGCGGGAUAUCCGCUUCUGCGAGGCCGUAGGCGCCUACGACGCCACCGUUUCAACGACAGCGGGCGAGUUUGCCGGAAACAAGACGCUGAGGUACGGCAUCGGUGCCGCCAACAUCACCUACAUCAAGGACUCGAUAGGUCUCCCAGGAAGCAACGCCGUGCUCAAGGACGUCCAAUUCGGCGUCGCCACCGCCACCCAGGACCAAUUCGCCGGCAUCCUCGGCCUCGGCUACGGCGAAGGCAUCACGACGCAGUACAAAAACUUCAUCGACGAGCUCGCGGACCAGGGCGUGACCAAGACCAAGGCCUUCUCCAUCGGCCUCGGCAGCAAGAACGACCAAGAGGGCGUCAUCGUCUUUGGCGGCGUCGACACCGCCAAGUUCUCGGGCCGCCUGGCCUCCCUGCCCAUCAUCCCCGCCGCGCAGUCCCCCGACGGCGUGCCCCGCUACUGGGUGCAGAUGCGCAGCAUCACCCUCGAGGCCCCCAACAAGCCCCCAAGACCUACCCGGGCUCCGACACCCCCGUCUUCCUCGACAGCGGCGCCACCCUCUCCCUGCUCCCCACCGCGCUCGCCGAGGCCAUCGCCGCCGACUUUGGCUCCCCGGCGAGGACGAGAACGGCUUCUUCCCGUCGACUGCAAGUUUGUCGAGUACCAGGGCUCCCUCGACUUUGACUUUGAGGGCGUCACCAUCCGCGUGCCCUACCGCGAGAUGAUUCGCGAGCUGAGCAACCCGCCGAGGUGUUACCUUGGUAUCGUGGCCAGCGAGGACUUUAUCCUCUUGGGUGACACCUUUAUGCGGUCUGCCUAUGUCGUCAUCGAUGCUGAUACCCGAACCGCUUACAUGGCCCAGUACGCCAACUGCGGCUCCAUGGUCAAGCCCAUCAACAGCCCCACCGACAUCUCUGGCUUCUACGGCCUCUGCGGCCUCAACGAAAGCUCAACCCUCCCCAGCAGUACCAGCAACACCUCUGCCGAGGCCGACUCCACUCCCGGCGCUCCUGCGCAGGGCGUCAAUGCCGCAAGUGGCCGGGAUCCGAGACGUUCCGCGUUGGCGGCGGCGGUAGUGGUAGCUGCGGCAGCCGUCAUAGUAUAG